AUGUCAGAUUUCCGAACUGCAACAUACAAUUAUAACAAUCAUCAAGCGUAUAAUAAUUCUUGGGAUAAUCAACAAAAUAUGCCUGGUCAAGAUUUAGUAAAUUACGAUUCCCCCGCUGCAUCAACCUCGUCAACUCAUAAUCGAAAUGGUUGGGGUAUUAAUGGUGGUCCUUCUUAUUCUCAAGGAACAAAUAUGUACUCAAAUGGUUACGGUGGUUCUCUAUCAGAACAACCAUCAUCGAACCACAUUAAUGCACAACGAGGUGCACCAAAUGGAAUAUCUGUAAAUACAACUAAUCUUUCAUUAGGAAAUAAUGCAACUAUAAUUGGAACCGAUGCGGGUAAAAUUAUUUGUGUAGCAGAUGUUAGAGGAAAUAUCUCUCUAUUGAAUCAACUUGCUGAAGAGACUGGAGCUUCAGCUGUUAUUCAUUCCGGUGACUUUGGGUUUUACGAAAAUAAUAGUUUAGAGAGGAUAAGUGAUAAGACAUUACGUCAUCUGGUGCAAUAUAGCACAAUUAUACAACAAGAAUUAAGAGAUAAACUUCUACAUCCGACCACAUCUGCUCAAGAAUUGCGUCGUACUAUAGUUGAAUCUGAACAUCCUCUUUUAUCCGAAUUUCCUCUCUUUAGAGAAGGUGUAAAACGUCUUAUUGUUCCUGUAUAUACUGUAUGGGGUGCUUGCGAGGAUGUUUCUGUAUUAGAAAAGUUUAGAUUGAAAAAAUACAAAGUACCUAAUUUAUUUAUCUUGGAUGAAGCUAAUACUCAACUCAUUGAAAUUGGUGGCAUUAGUUUACGAUUAUUUGGACUAGGUGGUGCUGUUGUCCAACAUAAAUUAUUUGAUAAUGGAGAAGGCAUAGCUACUAUUGCUGGUGGUCAUGGCACUAUGUGGACAACAAUUCUGCAAAUUGGUGAAUUAGUUGACACCGCUUUAAAAGUAUAUGACCCAACUGAAACAAGAGUUUUUGUUACCCAUGCUAGCCCUGGCCGUGAAGGACUUUUAACACAAUUAUCAGUCGUCUUGCGUGCUGAUUUUACGAUCUCAGCUGGACUUCAUUUUCGUUAUGGUAUUUCAUAUAAUGAAUUUUCAGUACAAAGAGAUCCCGAAGCUUUCCGUAUGAAAUUAGAAACUUCUCGCAAAAGUUUUAAUGAUAUGUGGGAAGCAGUUAAAAAUCAAGUUGAAAAUUAUAUAGA